AUGACGAUUGCAGUGCCCAGACUCGCGUUAAUCGAAGUGGACGGCAUUCAAACAUGCAUCGCAAAUGCUUACUCCUCCUCGCCCUUCGACUCACGCAAGCUUUCGUACCAACGCUGCCGCGAACAGCUCGAGUGGUAUGCCACUCUGAGAGCAGUGCAGUGCCAGCAGAGCCCGAGAGCGAGGCAGCCCAUGCAGCGCCACCAGUCGAGGCCCCACCAGUGGCACCGCCAGCGGAGACCGAAGACGAGACGCUGAUGACCUCGUUAGAGGCGGCGCUCGUCGCCGAGGAGGCGUCCGCGGCCGCGCGGAGUACGAUGGCGCAGUCCUCAGCCCAAAAGCUCGCCGCAGCCGAAAGAUUGCGAGCCGAGGCCGACGCGGCGUUGGCGCGAGCCGCCGACCUCGCGCGGCAAGCAUUGGCCCAGGAAGCCGAGGCGUGCACAACUCGUGCGGCGGAAGUCAAGGCCUCCGAGACGACCUACGCCGAGGUCGCCGCGGCGAAGCGCACGCGCGUCGCCACGGAGAAGGAGCUGGCCGCGUCGCUGGGGGAGGUGGCCAAGCUGACCCCUGAACCAGAGUUACAGGAGUCCCUGCGCCGGCUCGCGGACGCCAAGGCAGACAUCGUCGAGGCCGAUGCCGGCCUCGCGGACGCCCUCGAAGCCGCCGCGCAACAGUCGCGCGACGCGCACGCGGCGGCAAAAAGCGACGCGGACUGCUGCGCCGCGGCGCUCGCGGCGCUGCCGGCGCCCGACGACGUCGACGCGGUGCGCGCGUUCGACUGGGCUUCUGCUUUGGCGGACCCGAAGGUGCGGGUGGACGCGUCGCCCGCGGCGGCGUCGGACGCGCGGGCGCGGGCCGCAUCACUCUCGAAGGUCGUCGGCGAGCAGCGCGCGCUGCGGAAAUUGGCGGUGGGCGACGUCGCCGCGCCGGCGCCCGCUGCGCCUGCUGACGAAGCGCCCGCCGUCGAGGUCGCGGCCGAGGAGGCGGGGGACGUCGGGAGCUGGCUCUUCUCUAAGUAGUUCGAUUCUU